AUGCGUAGCUUUAGUAUCUUCCCCGUCACCAUCAAUUUCGACAACUACGUGCGAGAGGAUGCGGCUCGUGCCUACUACUGGCCAUUCUCCUCGCGUCCCAAUCUCAGUGUCCUCACUAAUUCCUUCUUGAACCGCAUUGUCUGGAAGACUGGAGCCACCACAGAUUCCACUAACCUAGUGAUUGCUUCGAGUGUUGAGGUAACCUUCGCGAAUGGCACUGUUGGUGUGGUUGGAGCCACUCAGGAAGUCGUUGUUUCUGCGGGUGCUUUGAAGACACCUGGUAUCCUUGAGCUUUCUGAGAUUGGAAAUCCUACUAUCCUCAGCCAAAAUGGGAUUCACGCUCUAGCCAACUUGCCGACUGUUGGCGAAAACCUGCAGGAUCAGAUCACCACUACCAUAGGUGCAGAUGGAGUUGAAACUGUUGCCGAUGCUGUCACCAACAACAUUUCGCAGUACGCACAACGAGUAUCUGCAGCAAGCGGGAACACGAUGAAGAACAUGGACCUCCAGACAUUGUUCAAUGUUCAGUAUGAUCUGAUAUUCAAGCAGAAGAUCCCAAGGCGGUUGGUCUUCAAGACUGUGGCCACUGCUUUCAUUGCGCAAGCCGAAUACCGGUCUCAUAAACGAUUGCCUGUUGCUGAGCAAGAGACUCUUCCCGGGUAUACUGCCGUUCCCGAGGGCGCCUCUGAUGAUGUUUGGAAGCAGUGGCUCGUUACUCAUUACCGUUCCAAUUUCCACCCUAUUGGCACUGCCGCGAUGAUGCCUCGGGACAUCGGUGGUGUUGUGGAUGUCAACCACACAGUCUAUGGCACCGCUAAAGUGAGACUUGCCGAUGCUUCUGCUCUUCUAUUCCAGGUCUGCGGUCACCUGGUCAGCACCCUCUAUGUCGAGGCCGAGAGGGUGGCAGAUGUCAUCAAGAGCCAGUCUCCUCUUUUCUAA